GAUGAGCAGCCCUCAGAAUUUCAAAUGAACGCGUCUCACUCCACUACUACAGUUAUGUAUCGACAAACUGUAGACUAUGAGGAAGAACAUAAUCCUUUCCUUCUCCAUUCCAGAAACUAUUCGCAGCAGUAUUCGCAAAUAUACUUCUGUAGACUGGCUGCACUAAGACCAGUGGUAGAAAACGCUGCCAGAAACAAGUGGACCGAUGGUAUUUUAUUUAGAGAUCGUCUCUUACACUUACAACAAGGAGAUAACUGUGUAAUAAUUGGUGUUAUUUAUAAGGAAAUGGAUUUGAAGCCCUCUAUCUUGAAGGAAUACUCGAAGAAUCCAGCUGAACCUGUUCCUAUAUUACCUGUAAAGCCUAGUUUCGUUUCCGAUUCUGACGUUGUGAUACUAGAAGAUGAAACGGGUCGUAUUCGGCUCAAUUUCGAUCGCUGUUGUCUUGGCGUAAAUAUUCUUUUAACAGGAACGGUUGUUGCUGUCAAAGGUCAGGAAACGUCGAGUGGAGACUUUUCAGUAGACGAACUGUGUUUUCCUGGAAUUCCGCCUUUAAAAGUUCCCCGCUCGUUGGAUAAUGAUAUUUUUAUAUUGUUUGUAUCCGGUAUCGGUCUAGGAGCACCAUGGAACGUUUCUAUGCGAGAAGCGAUGUUUCUCGAUUUUAUCACUGGAAAACUGGGAAACGAAGAAGAUUAUCACUUCUGUUCUCAAAUUGGGCAUCUUUUCGUUUUAGGUAACUUGCUAUCUUCUGCAGGAGAUGAAACUUUGGCGAACAAGUCUAACGACCAACAAACUGUUAAUAGUGCUCAACAGUUGUUCAAUGCAGAGCCCUUAAUAUCGGCUGACAGAUUCCUCACGACAUUGUCGUCCACGAUUCCUGUAACAUUGCUUCCUGGUGAAGCGGAUCCCACAAACUUGCUUCUUCCUCAACAGCCUCUUCAUCACAGCUUACUUCCAAGUUCUUCAAAGUACAAUUCUUUCCGACGAGUCACAAACCCUUACCAAUGUUGUAUCAAUGGAAGAAAGAUUCUUGUUUGCUCUGGACAAAAUAUUGAUGACGCCUGCCGAUAUUCCACUUGGGACUGGAAUAGUGUUGAAAAUAGAUUAACUGUCAUGGAAAAUAUGUUGAGUUUUAGGCAUCUCUGUCCUACGGCUCCUGACACGCUUCCUUGUUAUCCGUACUAUGAUGAGGAUCCAUUUGUACUAAAAGAAUGUCCACAUGUAUAUGUUGCUGGAAAUCAACAUGCCUAUGGUACACGAUUGAUCAAUGCCAAUGAUUGUGGAGUUCGGCUUCUAUGCAUACCGGAUUUUUCUACCACAGGACAAGUUGUUUUGUUAAACUUACGAACCUUAACUCCCCAAGUAAUGGAAUUCAUGAUUGAUUUGAAUUGACCACUUGGUAUAUUCAUCGGAAACCAUUUUACAAAUUUAUACAUGGCCUACUUCAAGUUGGUUCAAUUUCCAAUAGAACUCUUUCUUGGAUAUACGAUAAUAAGAAAUUUGACAAAUCACAA